GAUGACUAGCGAUGGUUUACUUCGCGAGGAGUUCGGUGUUCGUUCAAUUUUGUAUACGGGGCUUGGAGGCUCACUGCGUCCUACGCCAUGGACCAGUGGGGAAGCAGCUGCGUUAGGCGCAGCAAAAUUUCCUGAAGAACUGGAUAAUGUUGAGUUUCCACAUCCCGUCGCAGAAAUCAUUGCAAAACGCCAGAGCGGAAUACAAGAGGCACAGCGAAUGAGCGUUCUCGCGUCGACCGAGGGAUUACACGCUCCACUGCGUUUGGCGAUGGAGAAACGCAUCAUGAAAAGAAUACAACCAAGGCUGCCUGGUUUGUACUCACAUCAUCCUCUUGCUGCUCAACUGGACGGCACCUUAGACGAUAUCGACGUGGCAGAUUUCCUUAAUCCGCCAGAGGAUGCCGAAACAGUUGGGAUGCCGCAGCUUUUGAUGGAGCGUCAUCUCGGAAUACUGUGAUUAUUGUGUUGCUUCAACACUUCUGUCGGGUGUACUGCAAACGAUCAAAUAAAUGCUUCUUCAUUAACGCUACCUUUUUUAUCCUUCCUCAUCUUCGUCCAUCUCAUUUCGAGUUCACUUGACAGGUCAGCAACUUUUCUGCUAUAAAUACAACAUUCACUACCUUAUUUGCGUAACGUCUACCCGCCGUUGGUGGUCUUUCCGCCGACAUCACUCCUUAUGAGUUACAGUCAAACCCGCUUUAUUGUCCACCCGGUUUAUAGCCCACCUCGCUUUAUUCCCCAGUUUUUCAAAAUACUCAUUCUUUUCUCAU